AUGCCGAGCCAGCCCACGCCCGAAAAGAGGGCUCUCCAGACCCUCCGCUUCAAAGUGGAGAUGGGCUACGUGCGCAACUCCAAGGGCCUCCUCGGUCGCAAGCUCACCGAGCAAGAGCUGGAGACGUGCAAGAGAAAGAUUGCCGAGCUGGAGGCCCAGCGCACGGAGGGCAUCGAGCGCCGGAUGAAGGUGAAGAAGGGGGAGGCCGCCAAGCCCACCAAGAAGACGUGCAAGACGCGGCGCAAGCGGAAGAAGGUGGCGAAGGAGGACCGCAGGGAGCUGGGCGAGCAGGCGGCCCAACGCAAACAGGCCCUGCUCGAGCUGAAGCACGAGCAAGAGGAUGAACAGCGCCAGCGCAAGGAUGACAAGAUCCGCAAGAGCCUUACCAUCGGGCUGCCGAUCAACGAGGUCGACCGCUUGGUGCACGGUGUGCUCAUCAGGGGCGGCGUGCUGUCCCCGCAGUGCUUCGAGAUCCCUGACCUUGGCGCCCCGUUCGAGCUGUGCGGCUUGGAGUGUCGCCUGGCGGAGUUGGACGGCUCCAUGGCCCGUGUCCAGGUGAUGCGGUGGGAAAGGCGCGCUUUCCCGGAGAGCGAGCUGAAGAGGCUGGGGCUUGAGAAGAUGGAAGCCCAGCCGCCAAACAACUACUUUCCCAGCAAGGAGAUCAUCUACCGUGAGGAGAGCAGGGGGCUGGCGUACAACGAUCCAUUCGUAAAGACAGGAGCGGAACGUUGGAUUUUGGUCAAGGAAAGGUAUGCAUACGUCCGCCUCCUGAUGCCCGCGUCGAUUGUGCUCGAGCAGCUUCGGGCUACUGGGGAGCCGUCGCCGAAGCGCCCCGAGAAGCCCAAGACCAUCCGCAUCCACGGCGACCAAGGCUUCGACAUCCAGAUCAAGAAGGACGGUGCAGCCUACGCGGUGGGCGACCUCUACCACGCCGGCCAGGUCCUUCAGAGUCUGCAGAGACAAGCCGUUUUGCAUCUCUACAAGAACCGCGUCAAGCUGGGCACGCAUGAGGUCGUGGAGAUGGUCCCGAAGAUGGUGUUGGACCACCGCGGCCGCAAGGCCUUCGAUGUAGACGGCAAGAUCACAGUGGUGGCGCGGGUCACGAUGCUCGUGCGCGCCCCCACUCGGCUGUGCGGCUGCUGGGGCUACUGGGAGGAGGGCUACCGCAGCAUCGUGAGCGACUUCGAGGCGCUCCUCACGGCCGACCCCGUGCCCUAUGGCAUCAAGGCGGUGAUGGACGGCAAGGGCAUGGCACAGUUCGAGGCAUACGAUCCGAACAGAAAGAUGCUCCGCUUGGAGGACGCCGAAGUGCACCUGAGCAAGGUCCGCGAAAUCCUUUGCGAGAUGUGA